AUGAUGAGGAAAUAUAGAAAUGCCCCCUGGUGGUGGUACGUGACCCUUCUCGCAGUUUGUGUUGCCCUAUGCCUUGUUACCGCUCUUGCCUGGCCUACCCACCUCACCUGGUGGGCCUUACUACUUGCCCUUCUCAUUUCUCUGGUCAUGACUAUCCCCAUCGGUGUGGUUCAAGCUACGACAAAUAUCCAGUUGGGAUUGAACGUUUUCACCGAAUACAUCAUUGGCUAUAUGCUUCCUGGAAGGCCACUUGCCAUGAUGUUAUUCAAGACAUAUGGUUACAUCACCAUGGUCCAAGCCCUUUCAUUCGUACAGGAUCUAAAGCUUGGUCAUUACAUGAAAGUUCCUCCACGAUCAUUGUUCUGGGGACAGCUUGUUGCUACUAUGUGGUCGUGCAUAGUUCAACUCUGUGUCCAGAUCUGGGCUUUGGAUAACAUCGCCGAUAUUUGUCAGCCACACCAAUCCAACCGGUUCACCUGCCCUCAGGGAAGAGUAUUUUUUGGCGCAUCUGUGAUAUGGGGUGUCAUUGGCCCUGCACGUAUGUUCUCUGGCAACGCACUCUACUCUAGCCUCCAGUAUUUCUGGAUCGUUGGUGCACUCAGCCCUUUGCUCUUCUAUGCACUUGCCCGCAUCUUCCCUCGUUCGAACGCACGAUUUUUGAGCGCACCCGUCAUCUUCGGAAGUGUACUAUAUAUCCCUCCUGCCACUCCAUUGAACUAUGUAAGUCUUCACUCGAGUUAUCUUAAUGGAGGUGCUUAUGCUAAUAUCAUCAAUAGUUUGCAUGGUGUAUGGUCGGCUUUGUUUUCCAGAAGUAUAUUCGCAAUAGGUUCCGUGGCUGGUGGAUGCGCUUCAAUUACAUCACAUCUGCGUCCUUAG